AUGGUAAGCAAUCGGCGUCGCCCAUGGACAACUGGAACACCAGAGGCGUUACAAGUGCGUUACCGGCUUUUUGGGGACGGCCUUUUGGGGAUUAGGAGUUUGAGGAUCGUUGGGGAUUCAGGAAUUGGGGAGACUGGGGAAGGGGAGGGUAAUUGGGCCUCCGGUAACCUCACUCACACGACGAAACACAACGCAAGCGUUGCUUCACGUCGGUUUUCUGUGACGCCGUGGUAUCACUUCCGGUCGAGCCGGCCCAUUCGUGCCGAAGCAUGGCUCUCCCACACUUAAAACUUUACAUGUUAUUUAUGCAACAUCAGCCUU